AGCUGCCCGGCCAGUCGCCUACAAACUCGCGCCCAGAUCGGUUCAACUUUCUUUGGAGCUCCGACCCAUCAUAAAUCCCAACGGUAUCAACUUUGAUUUUGUUUGGAGUUAUCGCUGCUUGGUAAACGUUUUUCGAAGUUAGUGUUUUGAGUUAACGAAUUACGUUUCGGUCAAGUGCAAUGGCCUGUAAAAUGGACAUCACAUUCGAGAAUGGGACAACGAUGCCAGCCCUCGGUUUCGGAACAUGGCGGGCAUCCGAUGAAGAGGUGGAGAAAGCGCUCAAUGAAGCUCUGGAAGCCGGUUAUCGUCACAUCGACACUGCACCGGUAUAUCUCAAUGAGAAAACCAUCGGCAAGGUGCUGAAAGAGUGGAUGGACGCUGGAAAGGUGACCCGGGAUGAGCUGUUCAUUGUGACCAAAUUACCACCGCAUGGAACAAGAGCCAGUACUGUUGAGAAAUUUCUUAAAAAGUCAUUGGAUGACCUGCAGUUGGAGUUCGUGGACUUGUAUCAUGUUCAUGUGCCGUUUACCGUACCGGAGGUUGACGGACCAUUCCUGGUAGAGGAUGGACUGAUCGUCCUGGAAACUACAACCGAUCAUGUCGCAUUAUGGAAGGCCAUGGAAGAAGUGUACGAAGCCGGUCUCGCACGCAACAUAGGCCUAUCGAAUUUCAACCAACGGCAGAUUCAAAGGAUCCUCGAUAAUUGCCAAAUCAAACCGGCUAAUCUGCAGAUCGAGAACCACAUCUAUCUGCAGCAACCAGAAUUGGUGAAGUUUUGCAAAGCCAACGGGAUUACCGUUACCGCGUACUCCCCGCUCGGGUCCAAGGGAAUCGAAAAGCUACUGGGCCGCGAAGUGCCAGACCUGCUGGACAACCCGGUUGUGAAGGACAUCGCCGAAAAGCUGGGAAAAUCUCCGGCCCAGGUGCUGCUGCGCCACCUGCUGCAGCGUGGGAUUUCAACGAUUCCGAAGAGUACGAACCCGACGCGCCUGCGGGACAACAUCGAUCUGUUCGGGUUCGAAAUCGACGAUUCCGACAUGGUGCGCCUGAAUCAGCUGGAUCAGAACAUUCGCAUUUGCGAUUUCGGAUUUUUCCCCGGCAUUACCAAGCACCCGGAGUUCCCUUUCUAAACCGGAAAGAGGGUUUCUAUAGUAACAGACAUAAAAUAACAUUUCUCAUUACCUUCUACUAAGCAAACAAACGGAUAACGUUUUCACUAAUUAUUUUAAUUAACUAGUUUUUUACUCGAAAAUGAUUUUUUAGUAUUACAAGUACAACAAUACACUUUGAUAGCUUCGCACUUUAAAUCGUUAGUUCGAUUUGAUGAUAUAUCACAUUCAUUAUUUCGCCUCAUCUCAAUUUAAUUUUUAAGUAUUUUCCGUUAGAUUUCAAGUCUAAAUUUUAAGCUGUUAAUACAAGUGAAGAGAAAUUAACAAAGUCAGGAACCUACUUUGAACUACUGUAAAAUAGUUAUUUAUGCAACGGCUUGUAAAAUUAUUGUAUUUUUUGCAAUUUCUCAUCAUAAUAGGCUGUUUAUCAUCACGCGAAUCCGUCAUGAAACGGCCUACUUUAUUGCACUGAACUAUUAAUGUCGUAAGAGCUCAUAACGCAACAGAUGUUUACGGCACUCGGCCGGAAUAAUCAAACACGGCAAGUUGCGUUCAGCUCAAUACAGGAUUGGCGUUGUGAAAAACAGCAUAUUACGAUGCAAAAUUUGUAUAACUAUUAUUAUGCAACAAGCUGAAAAACUAUGAUACACUCCUACCUCUAUUACGACCGAUAUAGAAAGGUCGAAAAUAAAUUUAAAUUUAAUUAUGUUUUU